AUGCAGGAAUCGGAAGAGCCUGUCAAACUGAGCAAGUUCCUGAAACCUGGGAAGGUGGUGCCAGUCCUGGCAGCACGCUAUUCAGGACACAAAGCCAGCAUCGUGAAGAACAUCAACAAUGGCACCUCACACUGCCCCUACAGCCAUGCCCUGGUGGCUGGAAUCGACUGCUAUCCCCGCAAAGUGACAAUUGCCAUGAGCAAGAAGACAAUUGCCAAGAGGUCAAAGAUGAAGUCUUUUGUGGAGGUGUAUAACUAUAAACACCUCAUGCCCACAAGGUAUUCCAUAGGCAUCCCCUUGGACAAAACUGUUGUCAACAAGGAUAUCUUCAGAGACCCUGCUCUUAAAUGGAAGGGCCGUUGGGAGGCAAAGGUCAAAUAUGAGGAGAGGUACAAGACAGGCAAAAACAUAUGGUUCUUCCAGAAACUGAGAUUCUAG